CAUUCCAGCAAGCGCUAAUCGAAACAUUGCAAACUCAUCUCCGAUUUAUAUUAACUCUCCAUCUACAUACUAGGUCGUUUUUGACCAGUAAUUUUAAAUAAUUUUUCAUUUCUUUCAUAUUUCCGUAUAAGUUUUGCUUUACUUAAAAAAAUUAAGGACUCAUUUUUAUUUUAGGGAUCAAAAAAUUAUUGACUAUUUUUUUGUAAUCUUGCUGUUCUCGAUGUGUAGACUCCGAAAAUGCAUGUUUUAAGGUGAAGAAUUCACUGGUUCAAAAGUUAUAACCGCGAUUAUGUAAACAAGUCUGAAAACACCUAACAUAUAACAUACACAAAAGUCUUAAAAAAAGGUGCAUGGACUUAAAUAAUCUAGUAUGCAGACGACGUCAGUAAAAAUAAGGUUGCAGACACAGGGUUGAGGUUAAGAAUAAGAAUAUUGUGAAACCUAGCAUAACAUUGGUAUAACAUUGAUAAUAGAUUGAAUUUAAAUUUACGUAGCAGGAGGGAUAAAAUAUUUGAAAAUUAGAUAAGUUUAAAGUUUUAAAAGUUCAUAUGAAAGCUUAUUAAGUAUUUAACGCCUAAAAAGAAUAAAAUCAUUAUUAUGGUAGCCCAUGUUAUGUGUUUAACCUCUACUGGAGGAAUUCCUUUAUUUUCUCGCCAGAAAGGGGAAGGAGAUACGAUGACAUUUUCUAAAAUAGCAUCUCUAUAUGGGAUACAUAUGUUUCUCAAAUCACAAAACAUUAAACUUCUGAAUACAAAUUUACCCGAUACUACGAUAAUGUGGAAAGAAUUUGAACAAAGUAUUACAUUAAUAGUUAUUGCGAGUGGAACUACCAAAUCUGUAUUGGAUAAAUUCUUAAAUGCAGUUUUUGGUGCAAUGAUCUUGUUUGUUGGUAUCGAGGAAUUAAAAAAUACCAAAAACAUAGAAAAGCUGAAGAAAGAUAUGCGUUUGUGCAGUCCAAUUGUUGAUAGUUUAUUGCAAUGUCUUGAUGUUGGUGAUGGAAUUUGUUCAAAAACUGAUAUUAUCAAUAUGACAGAAUGUAUAAUGUGCCAAGAAAAUAAUUUGUUUCAGACAUGCUUAGAGGGUUAUAUGGAAUGUUUGGAUUCUAUAUAUGGAUGCAUCUUAGUACAUGGGUGUUUAGCAGUAGCUACAGAAGGAUGGUGGAAUUUAAGUCCCAUUGAAAGAAAAUUAUUAAUAACAGCUGUUAAUACAGAAGAUACUUAUAGCACGCGAGACAUUCCAGUAUUUUUACCUUAUAAAAGUCCAAAUGUAGCUUUUAGAUUAGUAUCCAUUACGUUGAUCAAUCAAGUCGAAGUAUUAGCCUUAUGUGGACCCAAUCCGAGUUUAUCAGAGAUUGAAAGAUUUGCCAUACAAUGUUGGAAAAAUAGUAUUGAUGCUUUACACAAUGCAGAACAAUGUUAUCCACGUAACUUACCUACAUCUGUAAAUUUGGAUUCAGAGACACUUGGGUUUCUGUUAGCAAAUUAUAAGGUACAAAAGUUUAUACUUGGUAAGAAUAUGCAGUACGCAAAAAAUAGAGUCAGUGGUUCACACAGAUUGGACAUAUUAAGAACAUUUUAUCAUCAAGCUGUAGAGACAUAUAUAUUAUCUUCAGAAUCUGAAUGUGAUACAACAGGUGAUAAUUGGAAAUUUGUUGGUGUAAAAGAAACUUAUCUAUGUUCAGAGUACCAUAAAUGUUAUGCAGUUAAGCACGGGGAUCAUAUACUUUGCAUUUUAUGUGCCUCCACAGUUCCUACUCAUACAGUAAGAUUGGUUUGUCAAAAAAUAUUGAAAACAUUGCUCAUUGAUAAACAAGGAUGCUGGUGAAAAUUUAACAUAUUGAUCUCUCUUUGCAAUAUCAUUCCAUUUUACUUCUAUUGUAAAAUUUACAUUAACCCACCUUAUAUAUGUCCUGAUACUAUAUUUUUAUUAGGUAUAAAGAAUAUAUAUUGUGAACAUAAAAAAUAUAUAAUAAUCAUUUGUAAAUUGGGAUUUAUGUAAAAUUAAACAUAUUUCAUUAAAUGUUAAA